AUGUUGCAUACCGCAGUGCGUGCAGCUGCAAACAUCGAUGUCGACGAGGAGACAUGGGAUGCGCUGUACCAAUCGUCGGGCGCGGUCCUCGUCGGAGGACUAGUCGCACUAUUUCUGUCGGGUGCGGUCCUCAUGCAAGUAGUCAUAUACUGGCAAAUGUAUCCAAACGACCCCAAGAAAAUGAAAGCUAUGGUUGCCUUGAUCUGGCUUUUGGAUUGUGUGCACUCCGCCAUGGUGGGCAUCGCAAACUGGGAGAAUCUCGUACUCGGCUUUGGGAAAUUUGACGGUCUGGAUGGCAUUACCUGGUCGGUCGCGAUGACGGUCGCCCUUACAGCCAUGACUACAUUUCUGGUGCACUGCUUCUUCUCAUAUCGCAUCCAUACAUUGAGCCGUGGAAAUUGGUACAUAACUGGACCGUUGUUUGCCUUAGCAUCAAUACGAUUAGUUGCGGCUGCAGUGUCCACCGGAGAGAUGUUACGCCUCAAGAGCUUCUCCGAAUUUGUCAAGAAGUUUAGCUAUGUCUUCACCCUGGGACUCGGAACGUCCACAGGUCUCGACAUCCUGAUCACGGGCAUACUCUGCUACUAUCUUCGGCAACGCAAGAGCGGUCUGGCGAGGAUGGAUCAUGUCAUUGGAUUGCUGACCGUGUACACGGUAGAGAACGGUAUGCUUACAUGUGUCACGACUGCGGUCUCUCUAGUCUGCUGGCUCGCGAUGCCGAAUAAUCUAAUAUUCCUCGGGUUGCAUCUCGCCAUCAGCAAAAUGUACGCGAACUCGUUCAUGGCAAGCUUGAACGCGCGCAGGGGGUUAUCGAACCGGUCGCAAGGUUCCAACGCGCACGAGGGCUAUCCCAUGCCCAUGCUGCUCCACAGCCCUUUCACUCCGCGGGAGCCCGGAGCGCCGUGGUCGCCAGGCGGGUUAUCGACGCGCUCACAGAAGCCUGUCCACGUCCACGUCGAGAUCGAACAGACCGUGCACGCCGAAGCCUUUGAGAUGUCGCAAGAGGCCGACCUUGAGUAUAGUGCACGAGGCGCAGACCUUAAGCAUAACUAGCAUCGACCUGUUCUUGCGGUACUAUCUUGGCGCUGAAGAUGACAUGCAGCGCGGCGUUCGCUUGGGUCCCCUUGUUGUACGAAUAUAUACCCGUGGCAUUAUUUAAGGCAAUUCGACGUGCCGGCCCGUGCUAACCACGGGCUCCCUCGCA